CGCCGAGGCCAGAAUAGAAGAAGAAUAUACAAGGUAGUGGAGAGGAGAGGCAAAAAGAUGGAAGGACCUCAUCAUCAUCAGAUUCAGGAGGGUGCUGGAGAAACGGCGCCGCCAUUAUCAUCGCUUAAUCCGGCGCCGCCGGUGGUAUCUGCUGAAGAGAACGUGGAAGCACCCCAGGAUGUUCAGGAGGCUGCGGGUGAUGAUCAGCCGGUCGCUCAGGCUCCCAAAUGCAUCGAUGAUGGGGAUGACGAAUAUGAUCGUGGAGAACAUGAAGCCAUGCUUAGUGACACUGCCAAGAUUGCAACAGAAGCUCUGGAAUUCUACAACAAUAAGGAGGGUACCAACUUUGUGCUUCGGAAGCCCUUGCUCAGCUGGUGUAAUCUGUUCCCCGGUACUCUGGCCAUCCACGCCAACUUCAAAGCCAAGAACGUGGUCGACCCUGCUGUUCCGGAGAACAACCCUCCCAGUCAGCUCUUCUUCUCCGAGACACUCAAAGUCUACCGCCAGCCCACCCGCAUUCUCAACUGUCUCAUCAUGGACAAGCGUAGUAGUACGCAGGUAUACGCACAGGUUGUGCACAUUGUCCGACCCACAUAUGCGGCACAACUUUCUACCAUCCUCCUAUGGGGAAUUCGGAGUAUGGCGAGGAUGAGGAGAAGGAUCAUGCAAGGUUUGAUUACGAUGAAUCGACCAGCUCAUCAGACGAUGAAGAGUAGCUACUAGCUAGGCCUUAGCUGAAUCCCCUUGCUGGGUGGCUGGCAGGCAACAACUAACUUGUAGUGGUGGUAGUAAUUUGUUCUCUCUCAAACAGGAUGAGGAAACUUCAGAUAUUGUCAUAGCAGCCAGUUCCUUUGAUGUAGAUGCUCUAUGUUCGCUUCACACAUGUUUGUUAAAAAGAAACUAGUACCUUCCCUUCCCUACUCUUCUUGUUUUCUUUAUAAUACGUCUUUGCAUCGAAGGGUAUUACAUAAAUCUCCUUCAUAUGUUAAAUGUCAGCCAACGAGCAUGUACAUGGUGUCACCUCACUAACAACGAAUUUGAGUUUGAUGAAGUUAAAAACGACAUAACACGAGAAAGAUUCAUGUUAAAAAACCAGAAGGUCAACA